AUGUCUGGCCUAUCACUUCCGCACAGCGCAAUCACCGGCCCCGGUUUUGUCGGGGCUGACAUCCGAGUCAAUGGUGCCUUCCCGGAAUCCGUGUAUGCCUGGCUUGAAAACUUGGAGCCGAGCCGGCUGAUCUACUGCGGAACGAGGCGGGACAAGGCCCCGGAAAAGGGGCCGGACCCCGGGCUCCGCUUCGCGAGUACGACCCUGACGUCACCUACGCUCGCGACGAGCCCUCUGUCGGAGGCAUGGGGUUAG